CCAUAGGGCCGGCCCCGCCGCCGCGGGGUGAACACGACCUGACCCGGUUUCCUUCUCUCCUUCUCUUUUCUGUUCCGCGCAGCAACGACGCGGUUGCUUCUCCCCACGGCGGCAUCUCCUGCGUGGCGGCGCCGUCCCCGCGAGAGCUGCGGCGGCGCGCUAGGCAAGUUACUGGACACGGGAACGAUGGGGGACGGCGCCAGCGGCCGCGGCGGGGCCGGACGGCGGGUGGGGGAGUACGAGCUGCUGCGGCCGAUCGGGUCGGGCGCCUACUCGCAGGUGUGGCUGGGGCGGCACCGGGCGCGGGGCACGGAGGUGGCGGUGAAGGAGAUCGCCAUGGAGCGUCUCAGCAACAAGCUCCGCGAGAGCCUGCUCUCCGAGGUCGACAUCCUCCGUCGCAUCCGACAUGAUAACGUCAUCGCACUCCACGACUCCAUCAAGGAUCAUGGGAGGAUAUAUCUCAUAUUGGAGUAUUGUCGAGGUGGUGACUUACAUGCAUACCUUCAACGCCAUAGAAGAGUUUCUGAAAAGGUUGCUAAGCAUUUCAUCCGUCAGUUAGCAUCUGGUCUGCAAAUGCUUCGCGAUAAUAACGUGGUUCACCGAGACCUAAAACCUCAGAACAUUCUUCUUGUUGAAAAUAAUGAAAAUUCUCUGUUGAAGAUUGCCGACUUUGGAUUUGCAAAAUUUUUGCAACCGUUCGCCCUAGCCGAAACACUUUGUGGUUCACCACUUUACAUGGCUCCAGAAGUCAUGCAAGCUCAGAAGUAUGAUGCAAAGGCAGAUCUGUGGAGUGUUGGUGUCAUUCUAUAUCAACUUGUUACUGGAAUACCACCUUUUAAUGGGGAUAAUCAGAUCCAGUUGCUUAAAAAUAUACUCAGGACACGGGAAAUACGAUUCCCAUCUGAUUGUGAGUUGAGCCAUGGCUGCAUCGACUUGUGCAGAAAGUUGCUGCGGCUCAAUUCAGUGGAGCGGCUUACAGUUGAAGAAUUUGUGCACCACCCAUUUCUUUCUGAACAUGCUCCAGAGAGGACCUUGAGCCGGACACCAUCUGACAUAAGAGAUGGAUUUCCAAUAAAUAAUAGCAGUCCAACAAGGCCUUCAAGCCAAAGUUCACAAGAAGAUUGUAUGCCUUUUCCUUUAGAUGAUGAGUCAAGUGGACAGGAUGAGGGUCCAGUUCCUGACAGUAAGAGCCCGAUGAAAUCUUAUGGGCUUCCCACGGGUAAAAGAUUGGAUAAAGCUUCAGGCCAGAGUCCAUCAAAGCAUACCAGUCUGUUCUCCAGGUAUGUCUUGGGCAAUAACCAUGCACCUAGUAGCCAACACCAUGGCCAUACUGGUAAAAUGACCAAGGAAAGCAAGAUUCCUGAAGUACAUGGUACGAAAGGUGUUUAUCCAGAAGGUAUGGAAGUCAUUAGUGACUAUCUUGCACUUACUCAUUUUUAUUAUGAACAAUUCUUACUGAAAUUAUUAUUUCUUUACUUUGUAAAUGUAGAUUCCCCUAUCAUUGAUUCAUUAGAGUUUGUAGAUCAGGAAUACGUCUUUGUGUCUGGGCCACACCCGGAGGGAUCGUCGUCUUCAACAAAUGCCUCUCAGCAGCUUAACUUACCAGCAAAAUAUGAUAAAUCGUCUGUUUCACCACCCAAGUUAACUUUCUUGAGUGCACCAAUGCCGAUAAAUGGUUUGCCAAUUAAUAGACAACAAUCUGCUGGGACUGGUAGCUUCGACAGCCACUGUUCUCCUGCAUCUGGCACUUCACAGGGAUCUGCGGAUAUAAGUGAUGCCAUGGAUCAGCCCCCCUCUGAUUAUCUGACGAGGAUUAGAUUAUUGGAGCAAUAUGCAUCAGCCAUAGCAGGGUUGGUCAGAGAUGAGAUCAAAGGUGGCAGACAAUUGGAGGCGUUCUCUAUUCAGCUAAUUGUUCUUGCAACCUGGAAGCAAGCAAUUCAUUUAUGCAAUACCUUUGUAGCUUCACCUGCAAGGGAGAGUCCCUCACAGGAUAUCCCUUUGCUUGCGACCUCGAAGCUAGCUGAUGAUGCCUGCAUGCAGAUAGAGAAACAGUUUCUCUCUGAAGUUGAAUAUGCCGAAGAACUAGCCAGCACUGUGGGCCAGAUAGCUGAUGGUACAGAGAUACCAGAUGCAAUUGAAAUAAUAUUUCAAUCGGCUUUACUUAUAGGAAGGCGAGGCGGUGUUGAUGAGAUGUUUGGGAAAGCAGCGGAUGCCAUGACUGGGUAUAUGAGGGCGGUAUCCAUGCUGCGUUUUCUCUUGAUCGAGGCACCAUCACUUGCCCUCAACCCCCCUUUGAUUCUGACAAGAUCCGAUCGGCAUCGACUGCGCACAUAUAUUGAAGCUCUCAACACCAGGCUCUGUCAGAUGCAAAGCCAGAGGCAUUGACUUCUGCCAUGUGCCCCCAAAUCUUGUUCAGGUUGAGGAACGGUGGACUUGUACAAUAUUCUUUCAUUUGUAAAUAUAUUUGUUGGCCCAAACUAGGGCAUGUAAGAUGUCAGAAAUGUUGAACUAGGCAGAGCAGCGAAAAUCUAUUGUAACUCGAUCAGACUACUAUUGUAAUGUGGAAUUAGGCGGAGUGUACGUGUUACGUUCAUUCUGUGUCAAUUCAGGCAGAAGCUUGAAAACCAAAUGAGCAAUCAUGAUCACUUGUGGAAAUGUAAACAGAUCGGCUGCUACUUUGUAGAUUCUUUAUUAUGUAUUAGCAAGUGUGCUAUCUGAAAAAUUACGCCCCUAA